CCGAGCGAGCUUCUUUCGGCCGAGGCGCCUCCGGCUUCCCUGGGUUAGCAGGAGGCGGCGGAGGCGGACGCUGGACACUGGACACUGCCCAGUCUAUGGAGAGAGCCAGAGGACUCUGAGACCGCGGCGCGCAGGAGGCGAGUUCGGCCCCGGGCUUGGUUGGCUGGGGUCAGCGUCCGGGGGCUGCACCAGGAGGCUGCGCGAGUCCCCUCCGUCUCCGCCAUGGGGGACGUGCUGUCCACACACCUGGACGACAGCCGGCGCCAAUACAUCGCAGAGAAAACUGGGAAGAUCCUGAAAGAUUUCUUCCAGUUCUAUGAAGACCAAUAUGGAGUUGCUCUCUUCAACAGCAUGCGUUAUGAGAUUGAAGGCACUGGGGGGCCCCAGGCCCAGCUGCUCUGGCGAAAGGUGCCAUUGGAUGAACGGGUCAUCUUCUCUGGGAACCUGUUUCAGUACCUAGAAGACAACAAGAAGUGGAGGAAUCGCUUUAGCCUCGUGCCACACAACUAUGGGCUUGUGCUCUAUGAAAACAAAGCUGCCUACGAGAGACAGAUCCCACCCCGCGCCAUCAUCAACAGUGCAGGCUAUAAAAUACUUACCUCAGUGGAUCACUACCUGGAACUCGUCGGUAACUCUUUACCAGCAGGACCGGCCCCCAAAUCUGGUGCUGCUCCAAUUCUGAAGUGCCCUACCCAGUACCCCCUGAUCCUCUGGCAUCCAUAUUCUCGACACUAUUACUUUUGUGUGAUGACUGAGCCUGAGCAGGAGAAGUGGCUGGCCGUGUUCCAGGACUGUGUCCGGCACUGCAACAAUGGCAUUCCUGAAGAUUCCAAGGUAGAGGGCCCAGCAUUCACUGAUGCCAUCCGCAUGUACCGUCAGUCAAAGGAGCAGUAUGGUACUUGGGAGAUGCUCUGUGGAAAUGAGGUGCAGAUCUUGAGCAACCUGGUGAUGGAGGAGCUGGGACCUGAACUGAAGAGUGUGAUAAGCCCCCGAAUGAAAGGCAAACCCCAGGAGAGGCAGAGGCAGUGGAUACAGAUCUCAGAUGCUGUGUACAGGAUGGUCUACGAGCAGACCCAAGCCCACUUUGAGGCCGUGGCCGCCAAGUGUGAGAUGGCCCGGCCAGCCAUGGAGAGCGUCAUCCGCACAGAUAUGGACCAGAUCAUCACCUCCAAAGAGCACUUGGCCAGCAAAAUCCGAGCGUUCAUCCUCCCCAAAGCUGAGGUCUGUGUCCGAAACCACGUACAGCCUUACAUCCCCUCCAUUCUGGAAGCCUUGAUGAUCCCCACCAGCCAAGGCUUCACGGAAGUUCGGGAUGUCUUCUUCAAGGAGGUCACAGACAUGAACCUGAACGUCAUCAACGAGGGAGGGAUUGACAAGCUCGGAGAGUACAUGGAGAAGCUUUCCCAGCUGGCUUACCACCCGGUCAAGAUGCAAAGCUGUUAUGAGAAGAUGGACCAGCUGAAGCUCGAGGGACUACAGCAGCGAUUCGAUGUCUCCAGUGCAUCUGUAUUCAAACAGAGAGCCCAGAUCCACAUGCGGGAGCAAAUGGACAACGCCGUCUACACCUUCGAGACACUCCUGCACCAGGAGCUAGGGAAGGGACCCACCAAAGAGGACCUGUGUAAAUCCAUCCAGCGCAUCCUGGAGCGCGUGUUGAAGAAAUAUGACUAUGAUAGCAGUACAGUGCGGAAGAAAUUCUUCCGGGAAGCCUUGCUGCAGAUCACCAUCCCCUUCCUGCUGAAGAAACUGGCCCCUACCUGCAAGUCGGAGCUCCCCAGGUUCCAGGAAUUGAUCUUUGAAGACUUUGCCAGGUUCAUCCUGGUGGAGAACACAUAUGAAGAGGUCGUGCUACAGACGGUCAUGAAGGACAUUAUGCAGGCUGUGAAGGAUGCAGCCAUACAGCGGAAGCACAACCUUUACAGGGACAGCAUGGUGAUGCACAACAGUGACCCCAACCUCCACCUGCUGGCGGAGGGUGUCCCCAUUGACUGGGGGGAGGAAUACAGCAGUGGCAGCCCAGGGGAGGCAGACCUGUCCGCUGAAAAACGGCGACGGGCCAAGCAAGUCGUCUCAGUGAUCCAUGACGAUGAGGCUGGGCUGCCCUACGAGCCGUGCCCAGAAAUGCUGUCCCCUGGAGUGCCUGAGAAGGAGCCGAUCCCCUACUCUGCUUCCCCAGACAGUGUCAAGGAGCUACGGGGCCUGCUGGCGAAGGAUCUACAGGUGGAGAGCCCCCAAUCUGCUACUGAGCCGCUCGCUAAUGGCACGUCCCCUAGAGAGAGCCCCCAGCCCCCAGAGCCCGAGAGGGAGAAAAGUUCUGGCCAACAGGCGUCUCCCCUCAACCACACCCCACAUGAGCCAGCACCCACUGUCGCAGGUGAGGAGGCCAUCUCGGCUCCUGCUACUCCCAUCCAGCGUCUCCCCUCUGAGGAAGAAGCAGACACUGAUCGCCCCAAGCCCAGUGACAAGGAGACCGGGGAAGAGGUAUCUGGCCAAGGAAGUCACCCCUAUGUCCAAACCACCACAGAAGACAGCACGGGUGUGCAGACUGAGUUUUAGGCCAGAGCUUCUCCACUCCCCACCCAUGGAUUCUGGAUUCUGGUCUGGUGUGUGUGCCAUGUGAAGCCCUAACUACCCCACAGCCCCCACGUCCACCCCCACCCCACCCCCCAGCAGCAGAAACUUAAUACUCCUGAUCUAUUUAGAAUUUGACUGACUGUGGAAUGGAAGCAAGCCAGCCUGGAUAGGGGUAGGACUUGUUCACUCAAUAUCUAUUGUAAACAUGUCUUCUUCAGGAGUAAGGAGGGGCUGGAGGGUAAAGGGGAAAAUGGGACCCGUGCUGUUGAGGGGCCCCCUGGUCAGUCCAGAUGCCAGCACCAUGAUCCCCUGAGCCCUGGUUCCUUCAGGACUCCCCUGGGGUUCAUCCUUUCUCUCUGCCAUUACAUGAAAAUAUAUGUUGAUAUGUCAGAGCACACGUGUGAGAGUGCAUGCUCCAGUCAGUCACUUUAUCAGGUUAGGAGGUGGCCAGUAAGUUAAAUAUGAGCCUGGCUCACCUCUCAACCCCUUCACUGUCCUCUCUGUCCCUUUUUCUGUUUGGGAUUGAGAAGAAGGAAGACGGAAGACUCCGCCUGACCAGCUCUAGACUUACUGUCAGGAUUUUCCCUUGUCAGAGAAGGGUGUGAGGGAGAGUCAGUGCCCAUCCCCAGCUCCUUCCCUGGGCAGUGCUCAGAUGAGUCUGCCCCCUCUUGACAUUAGGCUAUCAGUUCCAUUCUAAAGAUUGCAGCUUAGGGGGAGCUGCCUUUUCUGGCCCAUUCCUUUGGGCCUUUCUCCUACUUCCUUUCUCCCCAAGAGGAGUAGAAGACAAGCAAGAAAAAGAAGCCGAAGCAUUCUAGAAUCCAUCCGCGACUAAGUGGUUCUUCAGAAUGGAGGAGGAACAGUGACCCGGCUUCCCUGAGCACUGAGCUGCCCUCUCUCACUCUCCGCUAUCCUGGAGUUCUUUUUUCUAGGCCCCUGAAGCCUGUGGCUCUCAACUAUUUCCAGCUGGAGGGACCGGCCAUGAGUGAUGUCGUCUGUGUCCACUGGCCACCUAUGCCAACAAGUUACCUUUCUUCCAAAGGGCAGUGGGAUGAUAGCCAUGGCCAACAGCUGCCGAACCAGCUUCUGGCCUGAAAGCUCCCUGUCUCCUAAGAGCUAGUCCUGCCAGGAAUCAUUGAUCUGUCUGAGAGAGAGAAACAUGCUAAAUGACAGAAGUGCAUACAUAGGGGAGAAGGAGGGAUGGGGAUGGAGCCCCAUAUUCUAGUGCUGGGGGGUAGGGUUUUGCAUCCAGUUUGAGGUGGGAAGGAGAAAGAUUAUUCUGUUCUUCCAUUCUAAUGGCUCUUAAGGAAACGAUUCCCCAAUCAGAGUGUUAUCAGAAGACUUUAGGCCUAGGGUUGGGAAAGAGAAAGAUUGUUGAGUGCAGGAGUUCUAAAGGAAGGCAUGUUUUAGAUGCUAGGUCUCAUCCCAAGACAAAGAUCAGUUGUCUUGAAGUUGAGUUUGUAGUUGAAGUGUUGAGUUAGGUCUUAACGUAUGACUUGGGAGGUUGAAGGUGGCAGAGCUAAAGUGUUAGGUGGGAGAAAGGGAUUUGGCCAGGGAUGGAGUGGGGGGGGAAGGGGGAGGGGGGCUCAUUUCUAGAAGGGCUAGGCUAGGAGAAGUUAGUUUGUGACAGGAAUGAAGCCAGGAAGGCAUGUAAGGGUGUGAACCAGGAAUAAAGCUGGGAGAGCCUGCAGAGCGUGUAUGACUUGUCCAUCCCAAGGCCACAUGGGAUCUCAGGAAAGGAGGAAACCUCAGGUACAGGGAGUAGCUCUACUGGAAGAAUGGCAAAGGGGUGUCUAGCCAGGAGUGGGGAGAAUUCCAGCCAUCUUGGAUUAGGGACGUAGAGGCAGGUGCUAUCUAUGAGGACAGAGCUGUAUCCGUGUCACUGGUAGAGUUAUGUAUAGAGGAAAUUGUGCAGAAUCACUUGUCCCACCUACUUCUCUUGGCCACCGAGCCAGCCUCAGUACCAUCCCCAUCCCAUUUUUGGAACUGGAGAGGUUUGGUUUGGUUUGGUCUUGCAUUCGAUCUGUUCUUUGGGGUUGUCUCUACCUUUCUUUCCUUUUGCCAUGAAUUUUCAUAUCUUAUGGGGCAAGAGGCCAUGGUCUCUUGCCUUUAAAAAAAAAACCAACAACAAUUGGCCACGGUCAAUUGCCUUUUUAAAAGAGAGGAAAGACCAAAGAGUUAAAUCUGCUUGGGCAAGGGGAGCUUUUCUUUAUUUCACCCCCAGCUAAUCUAAGAGAAUAAUGCUUCAUGCCUUCCCGGUACCCAAAUCUCACAUGUCCACACAAAUAAAAUUGACUUUUGGGGAACUAUAGAUUUACUGACCACUACAGGGGCCUAUGAAAUACUUAUGGUGGGAGCUUCCCAAACUCCUGCUGAGAUGUUUGCAUCCCCGGCAUGUGACUCAGAGGAUUUCACUAUCAGCUUUGGGUCUGGCACACACAAUACAUAGUCCACUCACCCGGUGAUCUCAGUCACCACGUCCGCUCAGUCCAAGGCUGCCUGGCUUUUUAUACAUCAUCAUGUGUUAACUCCUGGCACUGCAAUUGACUUCCAUUUUUAUUGGACCCUUAUUCCUGAAAAGUUAUUCUGGAUAUGGGAAGGGUGAGAUCAUGGUGAGUCCUCUGUGAGCUAUGCUAGAAUCCAUCUGCCCUUGCAGACACCCCCUGACCAGUGGGCAGUGACUCCAUCACAUUCCCCUUCUAAUAGAGAAAAAAAAAUCAAGAAAAAGGCUGGCUUCUUCAGGAUGUGGCUUGGGUGCAGGCCAGGGAAGGAAAUUCUCCUCUUUCCCCCUUAGUCCCUCCCUUCCCUCCACCCCCUCCCCCAGACCCAUCACAUCCUGUGUUGGAGCAAACCAGCUUCCUGAGGCUGGGGGCAAGUAAGGGGCCGGUUCACAUUUCCAUCCUGGGCAAGUCUUGGGAACAUGGGGAGGAGCCAGAGGAUCCCUUCAAGGGCAAUGCAAAGCCAUGUGGCCAAUCCUGGAAUUAACUCCCUGAAAUGGACAGCUGAUUCUUCUAAGCACACUAUGAAUCUAACCUGAUUCUUCUACAAACACAUUCCGUUUUUUUAAAUGCCUUGUAAACUGUUUUCCUUUCUCUUACUGGGGGCCCAGCCUGAACCACUCAGGACCCCCUUACAAGUGCCUUCCCUUGGGUUAUUUCCAAUCUGCCUCUUUCAAGAUAUUGUAUUGAAAAUAUUAUACAAAAUGUUUAU